CCCAUCUUCUCCAUCAAACUUGUGGUUUGUUGAUCACCACACAAAUAAUUUCCCUAUGAAACAAAAACAAGAAGUUUCAUCAGUCUUCAUGUCCAUACUAAAACUACCAAUAUAUAUAGGUCUAUUUGUAUACAUCAGACACCAAUAUAUACAUAAACAGCAAGAAACAAAAACCAGACAUAAAACAUCAUCAAAAAAAUAAUACAUAAAUGGCAUCAUCUGUAAAUCAAUUGCUACACCCAUUUCAUAAUAAUCGCAACAACUUAUUAAUUUCAAAAAAUUACCCAUCUUUUUUGAAGCAAACCCAGUUAAAAGAUUCAAUCAAAUACCCAUCCUCAAGAAUUAGAGCUGUGGCAUCUGGUCUUGUUGAGACUGUUUCGGAAGCAAUCACCCAGCUUCAAGAUUCAGGGGAAGUUGAUGUAUUUGCAUGUCCUGUUUGUUUCGAACCACUUAUAAGAAAAGGCCCUCCCGGUUUCAAUGUGCCGGCUAUCUACCGUUCCGGUUUUAAGUGUAAAAAGUGCAAUAAGUCAUAUUCAAGUAAAAACAUCUAUCUUGAUCUCACUGUAACUGCUGGAGCAAAAGAAUAUGUUGAAGCUCAGCCAUCUCGGACAGAGUUAUUUAGGAGCCCACUGGUUUCAUUUCUUUAUGAACGUGGAUGGCGUCAAAAUUUCAACAAUAGUGGUUUUCCUGGUCCUGAUGAGGAGUUCAAAAUGGCUCAGGAGUACUUCAAGCCAGCAGAAGGUGGAACGUUAGUAGAUGUUAGCUGCGGAAGCGGUUUGUUUUCACGUAAAUUCGCAAAAUCAGGCACCUACUCAAAAGUUGUAGCUCUUGAUUUUUCUGAAAAUAUGCUUCGUCAAACUUACGACUUUAUCAAAGCUGAUGAUGCAAUUCUAGGCUCAAAUCUUGCACUUGUAAGGGCAGAUGUUUCCAGGCUUCCAUUCUCGUCAGGUUCAGUUGAUGCUGUACAUGCUGGUGCAGCUUUGCAUUGUUGGCCAUCUCCUUCUAAUGCAAUUGCUGAAAUCAAUCGUAUAUUGCGAAGUGGUGGUGUGUUCGUUGGGACAACAUUUUUAAGAUCAACGUCAUCAACUCCUGCAAUACUGAGACCUUUUGGGCGGAGUCUUGCACGGACGUAUGUUAAUUUGACGGAGGAAGAGAUUGAGGAUUUGAUCAAAUCAUGUGGUCUUACCAACUACACACGCACAGUUCGGCAAGCUUUCAUUAUGUUUUCUGCACAGAAGCCCUAAAAGCUUGGUUAAUUAGUCAUUCCUUGUACCUGAUACCGUCCUAAAAAAGCAAAAGGAGAGAGCUUCAGUUGCUACUUAUGGGCAUGUACAAAUAGGAAAGUCAAAGCUAGAACACUUAAAGUCAGAGUUAAUACUUUUCAGUUUGUAUAAAUACUUGUAAUGUCAAAUAUCUUUUAAUGUACGCUAUUGUGGAUUCACAGGAGAUUAUAGAAGACAACAAAAAUAUCAUAAUACGCUUUUUCUGAUCAGUGUUCAAUAAAAAGACUUCAUUUUGACCUUUUGAAA